AUGAGGAGAAAUCUGAGGUACGUUUCUGCACUCUGCAUUUCUUCGAACGCUCACAAUAUCUGCGUUAUCCCACACGAACUCAUGUCCCAAUUCUCUGAUUCUUCGAACCUCGCGCUUGCAGGUUAUCACCACUCCACACCAACCCCUCAAAGUAACACGGAUGGGGAACAACACGCACCUGUUUCUUAUGCGACGUACUUCGAAUAUGUUCCACGGACCCCAAGGUACAACCGUGACUCUCCGUGCAUUUCCAUUCGCUUCUCAGUCAAUGGAAAUGUUGGCCCAUACCUUGAAGACGUACUGCGUGGACAAGUCACCAUUGACGGCGCGUAUAAACCCGCGUUCGAAGACUCUGCCAGUGGAUGGUCGAGGACAAAAUGGAUGCUUGAUUGGCCCGGUCUCCCAAGCGAUUGCAUAGGACUCUGGUGUCACGAUAUCAAUAAAAAGCCCCUUACCCGCGACGCUCUCAUUCGGGAGAUUGGCGCACAGAUUGGGCAGAUCAUGUGGAAAUCGAAGAAGAGGGAUCCAAGAUACCAACAGUCAAUGCAUACGCCUCAUUGUUGGCGCUUUGAAAAUAUCAAGUAUCGCAAUAUUCGAUUCUUUUCACUCAACUACUAUAACCGUGUCUGGAUACCUAUACUUGCAGUUGACAUGCGCUGCUAG